UUAUACACUGAUAUCUGCAGCAAGGUUUGAGGGCAAAAGCACUUUUUUUCUUAAAGCCAGAGGUCACAGAGUUCAAACAACAGAACUACAUGUCAGAGUCCUACUUUAUUAUUACAUGCUGGACUAUUCAGUAUUAAAUGUCUUUUUGUCUGCCUAAUGUUAAAACAUCUGUUCAGGCUUUAUGAAUGUAUGUAAAGUUUACAUGACCCCCAUCUCCCCCAACCCCGAGCUUUUGUCUACAUAGAAGUUGCUGUUGAAAAUCUGAAGAUCAUUUUGAAGUAACUGUCUGUUUUGUACUUGAUCAAAAGUAAAAGUAUCAGCAUAACCAGCACAGUCAAAUGUUGAGGUAUCCUGUGCCAGUUGUUUCCUCCCACAGUUAACUUGUAAUAGAACAAGCACAACUUCCAUGCAAUCUGGUGCAACGUCCCAAAGAUCAGAAGAUUUUCUUUUUCUAUCUUUUUUUUUUUUUUUUGUGGUUUUCGGCCUGUCCGUAAGCUUGAUGUUUUAUUUAUCGAAGAAAUCGUGUUCAACUGACUCAGACUUUUCUGCUCAGGGCUUGUGCUGAUCUCGGUCGCAAUUACAUAUUCUAAAGCUGAGUAACAUUUUGCAAUAAAUAACUCUGAAAACGCUGACACAUGUCUUCUGUCUGUGUCCGCCAUUUUGGGCAUUAGAGGCUUAAUACAUUUUUAUUUCAUCAAUCAAAUUUUGAUCUCUGACCUCAGAAGCGGGGGAAACCAAAGCUGCUGUCUCGCCAAUUCUUGCUGAUCCCAAACAUCUAAUUGCAGCUGGUUUUAUUAUUUCAGAUAAGUUCAGAUAAAAAGAGAGAACAGGGAUCCUGGCAAAAGGGCACUGGUUCAGUUUUACUGUCACCAUAAUAAAUCUGAAUGGCCUCGAAAAGUACCAAGAGGGAGCAGUUGCUCUAUCACGCCACUGGGGGGCAGUACAACACUGCGCAUGAAGCUGAGUGCUCACCCUGCGCUCAGUGAUGGAGCCUGAUAGACCUGUUCUAACGUAUUCACCAAUAUAUCCAGCGGGUCACAGGGAGGCAGCGCUUGCUGAGAUGAUUUUGCUUCAAUAUCACAACUUUGGUGUCAGCACUGGCGCUCUUUGGCUUCGUUUUUGCUCACUGUUUUGCGGAUGUUGUAUCUAAACCUCCUCAGUAUUGACAGAGCUGUCUGGCACGGACACUAUUUAUGGCCCUGCUCGGGUUACUGCCAGUGACCUCAUAAAGAAAUGAAGCAUCUCCAUGGAAGGAGGGGAUCAAAAGCAGAGGAACCAUGAUGUCUGCUCUCAUUAACCUUCGUGGCGUUUCCAAAUCGAUUACCAUGUCCUGUUGUUUUAGCGCAGGUCUUCAAGCCCAGCAGUGGAGUGGAAGAGGACGCAAACGAGACGGACACAGUAUGAAAAGUGACAGGAUAAUCCGGCCGGUGUUUCAGUUCUGAAGCAGAGACCAAGAAGAAAAGUUGAAAGUCUUUGUUCUUUGGUAAUUACAAACCCAUCCUUGUGCCCUCGUGUGUUUGGUCUUGUAGUGUUAGCCUUUGGACAUUUAAACAUUCAGCAUUUUCCAACAGCCACGCUUUGGUGGUCUUGUUUUCCACCGGCUGGACCAGUGAUGUGACGUGACCCCACUUAACACCACCACAACCUUUGACCUUUUAUUAUUGGUGUUGGAUUAAUCUUGCAUUUUAACGUCACCAUUGACAGUGACAUAAUGCAGUGAUCUACUCAUUGCCCAAGAGUCACGUCCUCUGUGUCAAAUAUGUUUUGAGGCCAAAGCAGCUCCGUAGUUUUCCUUUUUUGAUUUCGUGGCUCUUCUUAUCUGACAGUGCACUUCGGGACGACCAGUGUCUGCACGGUCUUAACCCCUUCAGGACGGACGAUGGGAUGACCUCAGGAGUCAGUGCUGCAGCAGAUGCAGAGCAGACGAAUGCUCAUUGUAUUGUAACACACUGGCAGAACUUAUAAGAGCAAAGUAGAAAUGUAACGGGAAGUGUGAGGUGGGGAGUAAAUUACAUUUCACACCGUUCACCCCCCACACUUUAAAAGUCCAGCAGAGUGUUUGCGUAACAUAAUGUGGGUUUUUGCUCCGACACGAUGCUGGCUCCCUCCAUGAGAGGGAUGAUAGAUGAGAUAAGUGCUGCGGGCUGUUGCAUCCAUUAGCUGCUUCACUUAUAGGUAUAAAAGGCCUGCGAUCCCCUCUGCGACACACCGGUCCAGUGUAGUGUAGACACAACAGUACGUGUCAGUGCGGACGCAGACAGGAUACAUUAUUUUUUCACACCUCCAACACAAACUCCCCCCCACACACCCCAGUCAAAGUCCAUUUGUCUGGUUUGUCUGAAAACUGGAUUAAGCACUUUGACAGUAAACAGGACGACUCGGAGCUGUCCGUGGUGCUGAAUUUAUAUGCUGUCGAAUCUGUCCAUGGUGCUGAAACGUUCUUUUUUUCUUCUUCAUUUUUCCCUUUCUCACUUUAGUUUAAUGUGUUUAUCUGACUUCUGCAUCUGAGGGGUUUCGCACUUGGCAAACCCUAUAUCGGUGUCUAAUCUUUUCUCAGUUCAAACGCAGACAGAUCGAUUUGUAACAGAUUCAAGUUCAGAUGAAUCGGUUGAAAAAAAAAAACAAACAAAAAACAAAAACAACGACUCUCUCACCCGUGCACAAGAAUAGAGUCGAGACAAGGUUGUUAUAAAUUGCCCAAUACUACAUUGGUAUUUAUUGUUUUUUUUUAAUGUAUACUUUUGCAUAGGUUAAGUAAAAGGCAGGUGUCCAUAAACUGAUCCCAUCAACAGCUCUCCUCGUUGGCUCGCCCGUGGUUUCUAAACUGGCCAUAAACGCAACGACAAAGACAUGAGAAUGUAUCUGAUACUCCUCACCUUGGGGUCGUUAGCAGGCAUCGACCCCCCUCUAUGUCUUAACGACUGCAAAUAUACAGCGCAGAGCAAUCAAUCGCCAUCAACGCACUGGUGUGUAGUCCGGGGAUGGAAUAAUUGAUAGGCUGUCUCCUUCUGUGUAAUGAAGAGGUGGCUGUGAUUAAAUUCCGCUUAACAUCUCGUCGGGGGGUGAGGGUUUUGGGGGUUAGGGGUAAAUUGAGACGACACUGUUCACGAGCCACGCGAGCACAGCGUCGCACGUCUCCGUGUAUAAAAGGAAAGUGUCAGUAGGACGAGUGAGUCACUGAGUCACUCACAAGGUUAGUGAUCACGGACCGGCUCAUAUAGUUCCAUCCAAUCACCCUGAUGUCGGUUAAAGUUGGACUACAUCCUGUAGGCCGCCAAUGAACCAUUGACGAUUAAAUGUCGAUAAAACUAACACGUUAAAACCUUAAUUGUAUUUUCGUUCUGGCCACAAAGAGCAGUCUUCUUAUUCACUUCAAUAUUUAUUAUUGAAGCUGCCACUUUUAUGAGAGCAACCAUUGUCGGAAAAACCCAACAAGUAGGUGAGUAAAAUAUUUGAUAUCCAUCCAUCACGACACGACAAGUGUUAACGACAACAUAAAAGGUGUGAAUCUCCUUGGACGUGCAGCUCGUCCCCUCCAGUCCUCCAACAGUGCUGGCUGUGUACUUGUAAACUACAUGACAUCAGUGAAGAGGAAGGUGGAGGGUGGAGGGUGGAGGUGGGGAGUUCUUGGGAGCUGUUGAACUGGGCGGGCGCUGUUUGCACGUGUUCUGAAUAAGGGAAGACGGGACUCGCACCGCAUUCCUUGUGUCCAAUCGAUCCCCGCUCGGGAGGAGCGACGGGAGCGCAACUAUCACUGCAUCACCAUAACCAUCACUCACUCCCUCUCUCCUUCUCCUUCUCAUCAGCAUCUCUCCGGCGACUAACGCCUCCCAGCGUGUGACAGCCGCGCUCACCUAAACAACCCUGGUGUCUGUGCGUGUUUGCGCGUACGCGUGUGAGUGACAGAUGUUUCCCAUUUUUUUGGUUUCUCAAAGAGACUAAAAUAUAUGAGUUCCAGCUUCUCUUUCAGGGUGGACUGACGCACUUUUGAAGACUUUCUCCUCAGUCUGGUGAUUCUUUAAAAUGGGACCCAUGGAGAUGAAGACAGGCUGGAGCACGUCCUCCAGCGGGCUCCAGCAGUGUUGGAGUUGAGGUGUCAGUGACCGUCCCUCUCACUCCUGCCUCCGGCUCCUGAGGCUCUUGGACCUGUGGGACCUGGGAAGCGGACUCUUUGAAAAGGGAUUUCAUCUCUUAAUAGCUGAAAAAUGAAAGCAGUGGAGUUGAAGUAGGAGGGACAGUGUCUUCAACCUGGGACCAAUCUGGAUCCUUUCCGACCACCAGUGAUCAUGCAAACGGAUUUAUAGAUUCGGGGGCUUCUUCUGUUUGAGGAGAGGAAGAAGAAAAGAAGAAACACGAACACGAGGAGGACGAGGAGGAGGUGGAGGAGGAGGAGGAAGGGCCAAGAGAGAGCUGAGGUGGAAGUGAAUGCAGCCAUGGCCUCUACGCCCUGUCCUUAGAGCGGCGAGUCUGUGGAAGAGAAAUCAAACACCACAGGGACGACAGCAGGAUGAAACUGUGGAGGAGGUCAGCGUGGCCUCUGCAGGUGGCCUUCCUCGUUGCCUUGGCGAUGCUCUGCGUUGACCUGGUGUCUGCCGGCAGCCGUAACCAUCGGGGAUCAACAGUCUCAUAUCAGGUGAAGCAGGGGACGUGUGAAGUGGUGGCCGUCCAUCGCUGCUGUAAUAAGAACAAGAUUGAGGAGCGCUCUCAAACUGUCAAGUGUUCCUGUUUCCCGGGGCAGGUCGCUGGAACCACUAGAGCCAGACCUUCAUGUGUGGAAGCCUCCAUUGUAGCUCAGAAGUGGUGGUGCCACAUGCAGCCGUGUAUGGAUGGUGAGGAGUGUAAGGUCCUUCCUGACCUCACGGGCUGGUCCUGCAGCACUGGCAAUAAAGUCAAAACCACCAAGGUCACGCGAUAGCAAGAGAGUCGGCGAGCCACGAGGAAACCUGAACUCUUCAUAAGGAAAGGAUGGAUGACAUGCACGUAUUUACUGUACCACGGGGGGAGAUAUCAAGCGAUGGAACCGCUGUCGGGCUAUCUAUCACAAAACAAUGGGAUAAAAGGGAUCAUCACAGGCAACAAACUCUUGGCUACACGGAGCUACACACACAGCAUAUAACAAUGUGCUGGCGGAGACUAUAAUCAUGGAGAUCCAGGGUACAUUUGGACAAAAAAUGUCCACUUUAACUUUAUGUCCACUUUUAACUUUAAAAGAUGGCGGAUUUUUAGCAUUUCAAAGUAUAUAUUUCAACAAAGCAUUUGUGGGUGAGUGAAAGACACGGACAUAGAGCUGCUGGGAGCAGAUCAGGCCCACUGUCACGUAUGUAGCGCUUUUACUAUAGGCCGAUUCAGGAGAAAUGAAACAGAUAGCAGCCUGUUACUAGCAAAUAGCAAAUUAGUAUCGAAUUACUCUUGUGGGUCACGUUGCAAACAUGAAAACUGUUUUGCAAGAGUCAUUUUGCAGUGCUAAUUAGGGAAUUGCAGAGUAGGAUCAUAACAACAUAUUAAAAAUUCAUGUAAGAUAUUUGCACUAGUUGCAAUCGUUCGGAGAUGUUUUUGUUUUUCCUCGAUAUCUUCCAUGUUGCGCUGUCGAUGUCACAUAAAGUUAAAAGUGAGCAUUUUGUGAAAUGGCUGACACUUUACUGAUAGACGACAAUAUGUAUACAGUACAUGUACACACAUAUACAGUAUGACAUCAUUUCUCAGUAGCUAUGGGUUCAGAUGUCUCAGAGUUGAACAGUCAUUCUUGCCCAGGAACAAUUUUCAAGCUGGGGCCUUCAGACCUAUACAGUAUAUCUUCCAUCUAUUAUCUGUGACAUCAGUCUGUGACAUUGCUUCUGUUAACUGUUUAAAGGAGACCCAUAAAAUGUUCCAACAA